CUCCUCCUCCUCCUCCUCCUCCUCUUGCAGCCAAACACUUUUCUCGCGCCAAGGAGAACCCUCCGCCUGCCUCCCUUGCUCUCUCUCUCUCUCCCUCAUUUCUUGUCAUCUCCUCGGGACUCCAGACAGCGCGCGCUCGCCGGGGUAGAGCUCACUUUGUUUGAAGCAACCUCAUUAUCUAACUUUUUGAAAGCCAAGUGAGUUUUAAAGGAAGAACUGUUGCAAGCAAAAGGGAACAGAGUCUUCUUGAAGAAAAAAAAUUGGGAGAACAGGAGAUCCAGAAGAAAUGUGGUCUGCAGUGUUGGAACUGAUGCUCUGUACCAGUUGAAGACUGAAUCUUACCAUAAAACUUUCUGAGGAAAAGGAAAGAAAGAACCAUUAGAGAGCAAAGGUAGUUCUCUUGGGCACCCAUAUGGACAAUGCUGGAUUUUUGGAAUCCAGGUAUUAAGUCAUGAUGCAGGAAUCUGCGACAGAGACAAUAAGCAACAGUUCAAUGAAUCAAAAUGGAAUGAGCACUCUAAGCAGCCAAUUAGAUGCCAGCAGCCGAGAUGGAAGAUCAAGUGGUGACACCGGCACCGAAGUAAGCACAGUAGAACUGCUGCAUCUGCAACAACAGCAGGCAUUGCAGGCAGCCAGGCAGCUGCUUUUACAACAACAAACAAGUGGGUUGAAAUCUCCUAAGAGCAGUGAUAAACAGAGACCACUACAGGUGCCUGUGUCAGUGGCCAUGAUGACUCCCCAGGUGAUCACCCCUCAGCAAAUGCAACAAAUUCUCCAGCAACAAGUAUUGUCUCCACAGCAACUUCAAGCACUUCUUCAACAACAGCAGGCAGUUAUGCUGCAGCAGCAACAACUCCAAGAGUUUUACAAGAAACAGCAAGAACAGUUACAUCUUCAGCUUUUGCAGCAGCAACAACAGCAACAACAGCAGCAGCAGCAGCAGCAGCAGCAACAACAGCAGCAGCAGCAGCAACAGCAGCAGCAACAACAACAGCAGCAACAGCAGCAGCAACAGCAGCAACAACAGCAACAGCAGCAACAGCAGCACCCAGGAAAGCAAGCAAAAGAGCAGCAACAGCAACAGCAGUUGGCAGCCCAGCAGCUUGUCUUCCAGCAGCAGCUCCUCCAGAUGCAGCAACUUCAACAGCAGCAACAUCUGCUGAACCUCCAGCGUCAGGGACUCAUUUCCAUUCCACCUGGCCAGUCUGCUCUUCCCGUUCAAUCGCUGCCGCAAGCUGGCUUAAGUCCUGCUGAGAUUCAGCAGUUAUGGAAAGAAGUUACUGGAGUUCACAGUAUGGAAGACAAUGGCAUUAAGCAUGGAGGGCUAGACCUCACUACUAACAAUUCCUCUUCUACUACCUCCUCUACCACUUCCAAAGCAUCACCGCCAAUAACUCAUCAUUCCAUAGUGAAUGGACAGUCAUCAGUUCUCAAUGCAAGACGGGACAGCUCAUCACAUGAGGAGACUGGAGCCUCUCAUACUCUCUAUGGCCAUGGAGUUUGCAAAUGGCCUGGAUGUGAAAGUAUUUGUGAAGAUUUUGGACAGUUUUUAAAGCACCUUAAUAAUGAACAUGCAUUGGAUGACAGAAGUACUGCUCAGUGUCGGGUGCAAAUGCAAGUGGUUCAGCAAUUAGAAAUACAGCUUUCUAAAGAACGUGAACGUCUUCAGGCAAUGAUGACCCACUUGCACAUGCGACCCUCAGAGCCCAAGCCAUCUCCAAAACCUCUAAAUCUGGUGUCCAGUGUCACUAUGUCUAAGAAUUUGUUGGAGACUUCCCCUCAGAGUUUACCUCAAACUCCCACCACGCCAACAGCCCCCGUCACUCCAAUUACCCAGGGACCCUCAGUCAUCACCCCGGCCAGUGUACCCAGCGUGGGAGCCAUCCGAAGACGACAUUCCGACAAAUACAACAUUCCCAUGUCAUCAGAAAUUGCCCCAAACUACGAAUUUUAUAAAAAUGCCGAUGUCAGACCUCCGUUUACUUAUGCAACUCUCAUAAGGCAGGCUAUCAUGGAAUCAGGUGACAGGCAGUUAACACUCAAUGAAAUUUACAGCUGGUUUACACGGACAUUUGCCUACUUCAGGCGCAAUGCAGCCACUUGGAAGAAUGCAGUACGACAUAAUCUUAGCCUGCACAAGUGUUUUGUUCGAGUAGAAAAUGUUAAAGGAGCAGUAUGGACAGUGGAUGAAGUAGAAUAUCAGAAGCGAAGGUCACAAAAGAUAACGGGAAGCCCAACGUUAGUGAAAAACAUACCUACCAGCUUAGGCUAUGGAGCAGCACUUAAUGCAAGCUUACAGGCUGCGCUGGCAGAGAGUAGUUUACCUUUGCUUAGUAACCCCGGAUUGAUAAACAAUGCAUCCAGUGGCUUACUACAGGCAGUCCACGAAGACCUCAAUGGUUCGCUGGAUCACAUUGACAGCAAUGGAAAUAGCAGCCCAGGUUGCUCUCCUCAGCCUCACAUCAGCAGCAGCAAUAGCAGCAUUCUGAGUGCUCGACACCAGGGGACGCUCUGGCUCUUCAGCAGCUUGCAAGGUGUGGCUCAGCUGCUCAACUCCCCCAGACUAACCGACGCCGCUGCAUCAUCUCAGACUCCCCAUGCCUUUGACUUCCUCCAUCUUGACAGACACUCAAUCCAUGUCAAGGAAGAGCCAGUGAUUGCUGAGGAUGAAGACUGUCCAAUGUCAUUGGUGACAACAGCAAAUCACAGUCCAGAAUUGGAAGAUGACAGAGAAAUUGAAGAGGAGCCUUUAUCCGAAGAUCUGGAAUGAACAGAGACUUUAGAAACCUCAAAAUGAAGGGACAUAUCACUGACCUUCACAACCACUCCACAACCAUGAAUAUUUGACAAAUUUUUACUGUGACUAUUUAUUAAGCAUGGAUAAAGGAGAACAACCCUAAAGGAACUCAUUAAGCCAGCCCUUUGGGAAUCCAGUUACAAACAGGCAAAGAGCUUGUUGUUGUUUUUUUGUUCUUUCUUUUUUUAAAAAAAGAUAAACUGAUUUUCUUGAAAAAAACUGUUUAUAUAUAAUGGCUUGCCCAUUUAAAAAUGUGGCUAUCAAGGGUUCAUGAAAUGACUGAAUAUGAGGAUACAUGUUCUGUAGAAAGCAAACGGGCCUCAUAUACUGCCAAAAAUAGUGUUAGUUUCAUCAAUGUGAAAAUUCCAGCAUACAGUAGUUGUAAUAAUGUUAGAAACAAUUGCUGGUCAAGUUCAACUUGUUGCUAUUGUUUUUAAUUUGCACAGGAGUAGUAUCAGAAAUUAGUGUCACUGCUUGUAUCUAGCUGAAUUUUAAACAACAGAACAUUAGUUUUUUAUGUUGGUGCCACCAACUGUAAAUGACAUGAGUUAGUUAUAACAAACCACAGUAAUUAGACUGUUGCAACCAUCUAAAACCUUUUAAGCUUCCAGUCUGUGCUGUUAGUGUUAAGAUGUAAAGUGCAAUCCUAAGCUAACAUUGUCUGUGCAAGCACCAUAGAAACAUUUGCAUAUCUGCAUAUAUCUUACAACUGUACUCUUUACCUCCUUGUGAUAAAGCUUUGUCUACCUGCAAACACAGUCAAAGGCUACAGCUGCAAACCAAAGCCUACUCUAACAAUGGCCAAUAGCUCAAUGACAGAAGCAGCCACAUGCUUUGGUCAGCCUUCUGUAACUUUAAUUAGUACAAAGGAACCUUUCCAUGAACUACCUGCUGUUUUCUGAUGACCUCUGGGAUCUUUUCAUUUUGCCCUAUACCAAGAAACAAAUAUGGGGGAAAAGUCAAUUUUGUCAUAGUGUAAUCUUCUGAGGCCAAACGUCAAAUCUUAAAUGCAGUGAAGAUUUGCUUUCAUUUUAGGACAGAGGUGGGAACAAAGUCUGGGCAGACGUUACGAUAGAAAGCAACCAAUAUGGAUCACUGACCAAAACAAUUAUGUACUUGAUGCAAAUGCAGAUUGCAUAUUGUUAUGUAAAAUAUGUUUUUUAAUUCUGUUCCCUCCCCAUUCAGACCGAUUCCCCCUUCCCUGUGGUGAAUACAUGUUGUUAGAAGAAGUCUUGUACGGUCUUAAUCUUCGUUGUGUGCUAUUUUUUAUAGUCUUAAGUUAUAAUGACAAAAAAGUAGGAACCAAACAUAAAAAAGGUCUAGUAAAGCCAAAAAUUAAUUUCAUAUUGAUUUAAAGUAAUCUAGGUGAGUUUUUACACUGAAAGCAAAGAUUAUAGCAAUUGUAGUCCAUGGUAUUUAUUUUCAGUCAAACCAAAGUUACAUAUAAUUCUGCCUCUGUUUAUACGGGAUACUAACACUAACAAUACACUCCCUUUGGAAGACUUGCACAGGCCAAAUUGUUGGAAUGCUGUUACUUUCCCCUUUCUUUCUUUCUUUUUUUUUGUUUCUUUUGACAAUUCCAAAACCCAAAAAUACAAUGAUACAUUAAUGGUGUAGUUGAAAAUAGCAUAGUCAGAUGUUUGCUUAAACCCUCGACUCUUUAUGUGUUGCUUUUCAUGUGCUGUGCCAAGUCUUGAUAACUUUCCCCCCCAACCAAGGGACCUCAUAACCUGAUUAUGGUUAUUGCUUUACAAACAGUUUUUUCCACAGAAGGUGGCUGCUAGAGCUUAACAUAGGUACCGGUUCCAUGUGAUGGACCCGGAUCUUGCAAACUAAGCUCAUUGUAUUCUUUGCUGAAAUCAGCAAAGAGACUUUAAGAGAAACACAGUCAUCUAUCACGCCAAAUAAAUGGACAAAAUGGCUUUCGAAAGGGUUUUCCCACUUACCCAAAAGGCUUUCUGAAAGCUUCUACCUCUGCAAAAGAAAACAAAAAAACACAAAAAGAAAUUAGAACAAUUAUGGCAGAUUGCAUGAAUUGUGAGAACGUCACAGUAACUGCUACUUUUCAUUAUGUUUGUCUUUGGGUCAUGAUAACAGAAGGUUGAUAGUAAUUACAUCAAGAGAGAUGUACCAUGUGAGUGAUGGUUAUUUUUCAGUCGUCUGGGAUCCCUAAUGUGGGGAUGACCUGAAAGGAACUAAUGUU